AUGUAUGGGAAUGGAGUCAUGUUUGACAACCGCACAGGCAUAGCGAAGACUUGCGAAGUCUUCCAGAUGAAAGACAAACCGCAGAUAAGAUUCCAAAACAUCUUUUCAAGCAUGGAGAUCUACAACUCUUCGUACCAAUACCUCAACCAAAAACAACGCCGUGAUACUGAAGCACAAGAAAAUGAGCACAACGCAAUAAAUACUUCAACGAAACUCGAGCGUGUCGCAAUAGUACUUAAGAGGACUGCACAUCAACACGACAAUGCUUUCAGUGCAACUACACAAUUUUACUUAACACAUUCCAACAAAACCGAAACAUUUAUAACAACUUUGGCUUAA